CUAUCAGGGACCAAGAGAUAUAACCUUCAAUAAGUUACAAUAUUUACUUUAAUUUUUAUAUUAUUUGAUAAAAGAAUAAAGAUUAAAAAUUUAAUUCGUAUUCAAAGAACCUAAUUUGUGUUUUAUUUUUAUUUUAAAUUUCAAUAUUCCACGAAAUUAGUUUAAUUACUUAAAAAUGAUGCCUUUAAAAACUGAUCAAUCCAUAGUUAUGCCAACAGAGACCAAGUCUGCUGAACAACCAAAAAAAUUAAAACCUUGUUGUGCUUGUCCAGAGACGAAAAAACCUCGAGAUGCUUGGUAACAUAAUAACAACUACUAUAUUAUGUUAAUAAUUGUAGACGAUGUAGUAAUAUUAUUGUUUAAAUACAAAUAUAUUUAAGUAGUAAUUUUACAAUAGAAUUAUUACACAAUAUUUCAUAACAUAGAGCAAUACCUUGUUGUGGGGAUUACAUGUAUCGCUAUUUUUACACCAAGCUGUUUCGUUUCACCCAUAAACCUAUAAACUAAGUUUUUAGACUAUGGUAUUAUCAUAACAUAUAAUAUUUGAUAAUGGUUUUAAUAUUCGAGUUUAAUUAGUAUACCUAAGUACGCCAGACAGAUAACGUGCAAUCAAUUUUUAUAUAGUAGUAUACAUAAAAUAAUAUAAUUCAAUUUAAAAAAGUUUCAUUGGAUUAGUGCUUUCAAAAAUUAAAAUAUUUUGUUUUAUGAACAUGUUAUUUAAAAAGUAAGAACAAUAAUUAAAUUUUAAAUCUAAUAAGAUUCAUGGUUUUAAUUUAUUUAAAAUCAUUUGACAUAGGUAUAUAUUUAUGUGAUUUUCUGUUAAUUUGAAUACCGACCGUCUCAAUUUUGUUAUCUCGACUAAUCCAUAGUGUGAUAAGUAGUUGUCUGAAUGUGAUAAGAAUUCGGUAUAAAAUUUUGGUCUCGGUCAUCAUAAAUCCUAUAGAGCCUAUAUUAUACUAUGUAUUAUCUAUCCCGAUCUCAGACUCCGGUCACUUAUCCUAUCCAACGUAAUUUUACGUUAAAAAUCCGGGUUAAUUUUCGAUUAAUUAGUCCAUUUACUUGUUUCGCUUCGUUCCGUUUGGGGUCGAAGGCUUAGACGAAGCAAUUUGGCAAUUAAGUAUUGGGAGUAUUAAUUUAGUAUUUAAAUAUGGGUAUAGAAAAUUAUUUUGCCUUCGAUAAUUCAAUGCUUUGUUGCAGUGCUGUCACUAUGAUAGAUGUGAUCAAAACAUGAUGAACAUGAUUGCGAUGAAUUUAUAAACACAAAUUUCAACAGUAUGAUUAUAGAUAACUAAAAAUUAAAACUAAUGAAUUUAAAAAUUAAGCCCAAGAAAAUCUGAUGUUGAUGACAUGUUCCAUAGUGUUUGUCUCAAGGAAAUAAAUCCAAUAAAACCAUUAGUAAUUCUGGAACGCGUUCAAAAGUUAAUAAUUAAAAUUUAUCAGUGUUUCUACAAAUUCCAUCCAAAUUUAUUUAUCAUUUCCGUGUGACCCAUGAUGUUUUUGAUGUAGGUAAGAUCUUAGGCGCAAGUAGACAUCAAAUUUUGGUGGUAUUUAAAUUAUAAAACGCUCCUAAACCCCCCCCCCCAUUCUUUAGGGCAGUGGUUUUCAAACUUAUAUUAAACACGAUACACUAUGCUCUUCAAAGAUGUUCAUGGCACACUACGAAUAUGGCGUAUAAGUACAAGUCGGCUGAAACAAAUAAAGUAAUAAACUAACUGGAGAAUAAUAAUAUUAUCUAUACAUUUUAUUGUUCAAAUUGUCAAAUUAUCAAAGAUAACUUAUCUUUAUUGCUUUAUUUUUACAAACAGUCGAUUUAUUAAUAUUUAUAAAUAUAACAAAUGAAAGACGAUUAAACGUUUUGAACGCGUUAUAUUAAUUUUAUUAAUUCGCACAUCACAAUUGAUGAAUUUUAUAAAAUUGGUCAUUUAUGAAAAACUAUUUUCAAAAGACCGCGGCACUUAGUUAGAAAACCACUGCUCUAAUGUCUAGGUACUCAGCGCCGUACAUUCAAUCUUGUUUUGUGGAGGGGGUGGAUGGGACUGAGUUAGACAAAUUAGAAAAAUGUUUUCCUAAUCAUAUUUUAGAAAAUAACCAUACUAUAAGUUUUGAUAUUAAUAUAGACUUAGAGAUAUUAAAUACCCAAAAAACAAUUUACAUUAAUUUAGUUUUAGAAGAAUUACACAUACUCAAUGAAAUAAAAAAAAAUUAUUUUAAUAAUUUUUUUAAUAUUCAAAUCGAUUUUAAAAAUAAUAUCUUGUAUCAAUACAUUUUAGAUAAUAAAAUUAUAAUCAAAUAAUUUAUAUUUCUUAACAUACAGAGGUGGCCAAAAGUCGCGCAAAGCAUACUAUCUUGUUUGGAAUGCGCGUUACAAAUUUUUUGCACGACUUGGCCACCUCUGUAUCUAUAUCUAAUAAUUACUAAUUUUAAAUAAUCUCUCUUAUUAAAAUAAAUUAUUUCUAUAUUCUUUGUAAAACUACCAAUUUGUAUACAUUUUUUUUUUCUAUGUAUUCCUUCAUUUAAUUUUUUAUAUUCAGCACAUUUUAUAUUUUGACUGUGAUAUACCCGAUGAUGAAUUUUUAAUUCGAAACCGGUUGUAUAAUAUACUUAUUAUAAUGCUCGAUGCAUGGAUUCAUUUAUUUAUUUUAUUUAUAUAUAUAUAUAUUUUUUUACUUUAUUUAAUUUUUAUUGACAUAAUGUUCCAAAUAAAGUUACAAAUAUGAAAGCAAUAUUGUUCCUCUAUUAUUUCAGCACAAUAUCAUUUCAUACCUUGGACAUUUUUUUUUUUGAACAAAAUAUAUUAUUCUUUGAUGUCACCAAUCUACAGCUUACAUCAUCAACUUAUGUAACUUUAGUUUAAUUCUUUUAAAUACAAUUUUGAAAUUAUAUUAUCUUAUUAUUAUACAGGGCCCAAAUUUUUAUGUAAAUGCAAAUUUUUUUAUUGAAUGCAUCAAUUUCUUAUUGAUAAAUAUGUUUCAUUACACCUUGAAUAAAAUAAGUCUUUUUUAUUUUACAUAUUUUGUAUUAUUAUAACAAUAUGUAAUAUUGGCAAUACCAAUUAUUAUUAUAUUGGAAAUUUUGUCCUGAGUAAUAAUGAAAAUAAAUUUAAUUACACACACACCAAAAAUGUUUGUUUAUAAUACAAAAGCUAUUAAAAAUAUUCUUCUGAAUAAAAUUGAAAACAUAUCAAGAGAAAUUGAAUUUACACCAUCUGAUAAAUCAAGUAAAAGAAAGAUAUUAUUAUUCCAUUAUUCAAUUAAAUUAAAAAAAAAAAAAAUAUAUAUAUAUAUAUAAUUUACUUAUAACUACAGUACUUUUUUUAUAUGGUUUAAAUUUAAAAUAUAAAUGUUUAUGUUAUAACAUUAUUUUAAACAUUUUUUUUUUAUGUUUUAUCAUUGCAUAUUUUGGGAAAAAUAACAAACAUAAUUACAUAGUUUGACUUUUUUUAUUACAUUGAAAUCUGUACUUUACUUAUUAUACUUGAUAAGUCAUUUUUGGUAAUUAUCUCUUCUUCUUCUCCUCCUUCAUCCCAAUUAUUCGAAGUCGGCUAUGCUCAUUCUAAACUUCCACUUGACCUGAUCUACCUUGUAUACACCAGCUGUAUUUCAUUCUUAAUUGCAUCCAACCAUCUUUUUAUUGGUUUACCUGUCCACCUCUUUCUAUCUGUUUAUUUUCAUUACAAUUCUUACUGCUUUAAAUUCCUCUUUUCUUAUGACAUGCACAAACCUCUUGAUUUAUUUUCUCAUUUUGUUUACUAUCGAAGUCACACCUAAGUUACCACUUCUGCACUCAUUCUCUCAUCCUCUCUUACCACUUCAUUCAUUCACCAAUUUAUGGUAAUUAUCUAAAAUGUAUUUUCUCUUUAAACACUUGAUAGCAAUUGAGAACAUUGUUGGGUUUUUUAAGCUCUUGUGUAUUCAUUCUAUAGAUGUGGUUCGAAGGACAUUUCUUUUUGGCUACUUGUUAUUAUAAGUUAAAUUUAUAACUACAUAUUAUAUGAUUAUCACAUUAUUUAAACCAAUAUAAAAAACUCAUUAAGUAUAGGCAUUAGUUCACUUUGACUUGUAUGAAAACAAUACAGAUAUAUCUAUUUAUUUAUAUAAAUUAAAACCAUAAUAUUAUGAUAAUUUGAUAUACAUAAACAUAUCUAUCAUAUUUAAUCAUAUUUUUUUUUUUUAAUUUAAAUUUUUACACAAUUACAGUAAAUCCUAAUAUAAACAUACUAUCUAAUGUAAAUGAGUUUAUGUAUUAAUAAUUAUUUAUUUUUAAUAAUUUUUACAAUUAAUACAAUCUUAUAAAAAUUCUACUCAUAUGAACAAAAUAUCGCAUAAUAUAUGUAUAUAAUUUUAUAAUUUAUAUAAUGAAAACCAAGCAAUGAAGAUCUAAUAAUAUGUAUAUAUUUUGACAGUAUUCAAGUAUCAUUAUCAUAUUACCUAAUGAGUAAAAACAAAUGUAUCUUAAAUCUGUUAUUCUAUAUCUAAAGACUUAUUCAGUGUAUGGAAAUCUGGGUGAAAACCCAAAUUAUUGAUACCAUCUAUAAAUAUAUAAACUAACUGUACAAAAUUGCUAUAGUUAUAAAAUUGUAAAUGUCACUUUAUUAAUUUUUACAGUAUUAUGGAAAAUGGAGAGGAAAAUUGUCAGCAUCUUAUUGAAGCUCAUAAGGAAUGCAUGAGAAAAAUGGGUUUUAAUAUUUGAGUAGUAAGCAUUCCUAACCUGUUUUAUGUUAUUUUGUACAAAUUUACAUGUUAGAUACAAUUAAUUAUUUCUCUAGUCUAAAUGUAUUUAGUAUACAUAACAUAAAUUGUUUUCCAUGUGCUUUAUAUAAAUAAUUAAAUAAAAUGCAUUGGAAAGAUAUAUAUAUUCUAUAAAGUUUAUUAUUCGAAAAAAAAAAAAAUGUUAUUUAAUAUUUUAUUAUGACAUUAAUCAAAGUCAUAAUAUCGGUGUACUUAAAAUUUGUUUAGUAUUAACACUAAUUCACAUUAAGACUGUAAUUUUAUUUGAGACAAUUGGAGAUAUAAUGUAAGUGUAAGAAAAUUAAAAUAAACUAAAUAUAAAAUAAAAACAAUAUAUUUUAACUUUGUAGUACCAACUUUCUUUUCUCAACAAUUUAUUGAUGGUUGUUAUAGAUCACGGUUAGGUCUAAUUGUUUUAAAAUCCUGCAAAAUUAAAAUAUUGUAAAUUAUACUUUUUAAAAAAAAAAUUGUAAUGAUUAAUUAAAAAUACUAAUACAUAAUAAUAAAACUUUCUUUUUUUAACUUCAAUAUAAUAAAUAAAUUUAAGCUAUGUAUAUGACAAUUUGAUAAACAAAUCAUGUGAAUACAAUACAACGAAAAUAUAGAAAACCAGUAUAGUAUAUUGAACAUGUAUGCACAAUAAAAUUACAAAAACAAGUACCUAAUAAGUUUGUUUUGUCAAUUAAUACUCUGAAUUUGUAUAGUAAUAAAUGCUGAAUUAUUAAAAUAGUAACUGCUACUUUUGAAAAUAAAAAUAAUUUAUUGACUAAUGAUUAUAUAAAAGUUAAAUUUGAAAAAAAAAACCAUACAAAUUAUAGCAAAAGCAUAAGUUUUUUAUAGCUGUAAAAUUGUUAAUAUUAUUAUAAAAUUAUGAAUUACUAAAUGGCAAUACAAAUUAUUACUUAAAUACAUAAAAAUAAUUAUAAUCAGAAAAGUGUUUCUUAAAAUCCACAAAAUCCAAAAUAUAUUUCAUACAAAUUAGUGGUUAAAAAUAUUGAUUUUAUUUAGGAUUUUCAAUAUUUGGUUUUGAUAUAAUUUUUUUAAAACUUGGUCUUAAAGUAUCAUUUUAAUUACAAUUUCCAUUAUUUUGAGAUUUAUUAAUAUAUUAAGAUAUCAUGCCUGUAUGUGCUGUUGUCGCCUUUAUAUUGCAUGAAUAUUAUCUAUUUUACAUCAUUUUUUUUCUGAUAUUUAAAUUUUUAAGUGAGAUAUAAGUAUUUUUAAAUAAUUAUAAUAUUUCAUACAUUCAUUUUCCAUAGAAAUUUAUGUACCAAAUAAAACCAAUAUAGAAUCACAAAUUAAGUUCAUACUUUUAAGUUUGAUAAGGAGUCAAUUAAUUCUAAUAUUUAAACAGCAAAAACUGGUACAGUGACUAGGGAUGGCAAUUUUGUUGUGAACAUCAAUGUGUUAUUAUGAGUUAAGUAUUAUCAAGUUUAAAUAAAAAUCAAUGUAUUUGGGAAAAAAUUGUUAAUCUGAAAUAUAAAGGAAAUAAUUGCCCUUUACCAUAGAUACAUUAAAGAAACAUUCAGUGCAUAUUACUUAAUAUUCAAACAUCAAAUAUAAUCUAUAGCUACUCAGCUUCCAGGAAUCAUGUAUGCAUAGGAAUUGUACGUAAGAAUACCCUUACAUUGAAGACAAGCAACAUUAUUUUGGGAAAGCUUUAACAUUGAUGCAAAAUAUCAAAACUAAACCAUCAAUGACAAAAGAUAGAUUAUUUUAGUUUCAAACAUCAAUUUUUCAAAAGUAUCAAUGUUCUAUUAACAUCCCUAACUGCCAAACAUUUAUAAAGUGAAUACAUCACAUGCGCGCAUAAAUUCUGUUUAAAGGUCUCUUUUGUUAGAUGCUGAGCUUAUAUAAAAUUUAAUUGUAGGCGUUCAGUUUAAAAUUAGGAAUAUAAUUUGAGAAUAAAUGCAACAUACUUCAAACUCUGCAUCACUUGUCAUUAUGCCCCUUACUGUGACUAGUUGAUACUGCUUAGACUUGAAUGUUUGCAUGGAUUUUCUUAUGUGUGCCAUAGUUGACAUUCCACCUUCUGUUCUUAAUUUAUCAUAAUGACCACUUGGAUCUAAUACUAAAAGCAAAAUUGUGCCAUCGGAUAAUUUUUCAACACCAACAACAGUUCGACUGUGACCUGAAAAAAAAACAAAUCUUAUCGAGUGACUCAAUGUAUCAACAUAACGUAAUUUAGAUUUUUAUGGAAACUUAUAUUUACCUUCAUGUUGAAUAUAAACAGGAGGAAUAAAUUGUUUUUUUCUACUAUUGCUGAAAUGUUCAUACAACCAAUGAAACAUUUCUGAAUGAUUAUUUUUAGAACCAGUUGAUUUAUGGAAAUCAAAUAUAAGUGUUCUGUAAUAUUAAAUAUUUUUUAAUGCAAUACAUAUAAUAUAUACAACCUGUCACACGAAGAUAUACCCCUUGAAUAUCUCCAAAGAUAAUCCAGAUAAUCAAAUUAGGUUUUUUUUUUUUUUGGUAAACACAUAGAUUUUAAACUUUUAGUUUCUAGGUAACAGCUGUUUUAAACUCUACUAAUCCGUGUGAAAAUCGAUGUUAUCUUGGAAAUAACAUAAUUACGUAACGCAAUAACGGGUAACUUAGAAAACAAAUUGGAUAUAAAUUUGGGAUACAUUAAAAUUUUCCGAAAAUAAUAAAAUAAAAUAACUUUUUUUAUUAAGAAAAAAUGUUUAAUUCAAAAAUAAAUAUUUAUAGUCCUCAUCCCUGUAAGUAAUAUAAAAAAAAAAAUCAUAAUUUUAUUAUCUUUAUUAACUCUGGAGAUAUUCAAGGGGAAUAUCUUCGCGGGACAGUCUGUAUAUCAAUCAAUUUAUUUGUAUAACACUGAAAAAACAAAUAACACCAUAAUUUAAAAAUACUUACUUAAUUUUUAAAGCAGUUAGCAUAGCAACAACUUCAGUAGCGCCGAUCCAUUUUUUUGUAUUAUAUACUGUACCACCCAACUGUUCUCUACCGGGUUCAUCAAUACCCAUGCUCCAUGAUUUUUCUAAAUGUUGCUGUAAUCUCGAUAUAGAUGGCAUCCAUGCACGUGGUAAAGGUCCUUUUUCCACUUCCCAUACUCUAGAUAUAUGUUCAUUAUAGUCCAUUUGUAAAAGCAUACUGGACAUUAACAUCUGCAUAUUUCUAUAACCACAUCCCCAACCUCUGUCCCCGUAAGUUGAUCUGUAAUGAUCAGUUGGAGAAGCCAAAUGUACUUCAAUUACAUUAGGAGAUGUUGCACUGAAGUGACGAAUAUAUUCAAUUAAAUCUAAAACAAUUAGAAGAUGUUAUUAGUUUUAUUUAAAACAUAUUUUAUUCAUCGAUAAAAAACGUAAUACAUAAAUGCAUUAAACCAAUAUUUAAGGUAAAUAAACCUAUUUACCUUAAAUAGUAAAUACAUUUUAUAAUUGAUGCUUACUAUAUGAUGUAUUUUUGUUAAUAGAAUAUUUUUCAUAUUUUUGAAAAGUUUACCCAAUUUAUUUAAUUGAAUUAUUUUAUUAUAUUUAAUUGCGUAUGCUGGUGAGUUAGCAUUAUGAUUAUAUUUCUUUGGUAAACAUUUAUUUUUUAUUAAUGACUGUGAAUUUUGAUGUAAUUGAAUUUUAGUUAUUAAAAGUAAAUUGUAAUUUACCAGGAUAUGAAUUCCAAUGAAUAUUAUAUCUACUAUUUUCAAAAAAAUAUUUCAUUUUAGAUUUUGAAAGGAGCGACUAAUUCCAGAAAAAAUAUUUACUGAAAAUAUUUAAAAAUUACAUGCAAUUUUUAUCAUCAAAUAUUCUAAUGUAUACAGCAAAUUAAUUUAAUAACAUAGAUCUAUUCCACACAUUUUAAGAAUUAGCUAUAUAUGUUUCCAUUGAU